UGAAACCAGGUGCGAUUGACGAAUGUACAGUGAUUGGAGAUAAUGACUUAAAAGAACAAUAUACGCCCAGAUAAUGCUCGGAAAGAAGCGAAAACGAAUUGUUGGUAGUAUACUAUGGUCAAAGAAGAGUCAUCACAAAGAAUUAUCGUCCUCCGUAGUUACCAAGCCAAGCCUCUACCAUGCUCUUAUUGUUAUUUUCCUCGAGUUUUUCGCCUGGGGUUUAGUCACUCAGCCAAUUAUUUCGGUAUUAAAUGACACAUUUCCACAUCAUACUUUUCUCAUGAAUGGACUCAUCCAGGGAGUGAAGGGAAUGCUGUCAUUCCUUGCCGCCCCUCUGAUAGGGGCUCUGUCCGAUGUGUGGGGACGCAAACCAUUCCUGGUGUUGACGGUCACCUUCACGUGUGCUCCUCUUCCUCUGAUGAGGCUCAGUCCAUGGUGGUAUUUUGCCAUGAUAUCCAUCUCCGGUGUGUUUGCUGUGACGUUCAGCGUGGUCUUUGCGUAUGUGGCUGAUAUCACAUCAGAAGAAGAUCGUAGUGCUGCUUAUGGCUUAGUGUCUGCCACAUUUGCUGCUAGUCUUGUAACCAGUCCUGCUAUUGGUGCCUACCUCCAGAACUACUACAGUGAAAAUCUCGUCAUCUGGCUCGCGUCAUCCAUUGCCCUGCUCGAUAUUUUGUUUAUCAUGGUUGCCGUUCCCGAGUCCUUGCCGGAGAAACUUCGACCAGCCAGCUGGGGCUCACAGAUCUCAUGGGAUAAAGCAGAUCCCUUCGGGGCCUUGAAAAAGAUUGGCCAGGACCAUUUAAUUCUGCUUCUGUGUGUGACAGUGUUUUUAUCAUACCUGCCUGAAGCAGGCGAAUACUCAAGCUUUUUCGUGUAUCUUAAACUGAUUGUAAAGUUCAGUGCAGAUCAGAUAGCUUCUUUCAUAGCUUUAAUAGGAGUGCUCUCUGUCCUUGCUCAGACAUUAAUUCUAGCAUUAUUGAUGAAGUACUUCGGCCACAAGCAGGCCAUUCUGGUCGGUCUGGUGUUCGAGAUCAUGCAGCUCACCUGCUAUGGAUUUGGCUCAAAACACUGGGUGAUGUGGGUGGCCGGUUGCCUAGCGUCUAUAUCUAGUAUCACAUACCCGGCUAUCAGCGCCUUCGUGUCAGCUCACGCACAGCCGGAUCAACAGGGUGUUGCUCAAGGCGUGGUGACUGGUAUCCGAGGACUCUGUAAUGGGCUGGGGCCGGCUCUGUUUGGAUUCAUCUUUUACCUGUUCCAUGUGGACAUCAACACCAGCGACCUGCUCGACAGCCAGAACUCAAAGAGCAGUGCUGCCAACGCUUCACAGCGCGAGAUACCGAGGAACUUCAAAGAUAUUGUUCCCGGACCACCUUUUGCCUUUGGUGCUGUGUUGGUUAUACUGGCUUUGCUUGUGGCUGUGUUUAUACCGCCGAAUCCACAUAGUUCCCUGAAUGCCAAAUCAUUUGAAAACGAUCCUCUGAUGGAUGAUGAAGAAGAUACAUUGUAGCAGAUUGUGGAAUUGUUUCUUAUCUGUUGUAUAGAAUUACUGAAUUAUCAUGUACAUGCAUUACUGAUAGAUAUUUAAAAAUGUGUCCAUUGAUAUCAUGUCAGUAACGAGUGUUUACUUUAACACUGCUCAUGGAACGUUUAUUGGUUAAGUAUUCCAUUUCAAAAAUAGUUUUUAUUAAAAGUUUAGUUUUAAAAUUUCAAAGUAUAUUUUUCAGACAUAAACUUUUUAUUUUAUAUGAAAAUAACUGCCAGUACAUUGUUAUUGGUUUUAAAAAAAAAUUUUGAAAGUGUCCUUGUGUGAGACUUAUUUUUUGGUAACUUAGAUAGAACCAGUGACCAGUGAUAAAUGCAAGUUUGUUGGCACAAACGUACCUGGUCUUAUCAUAGAAUAAGAAAGGAAUAAGAGAUAGGUGUUUUUUUCUCAGUUUAAAGCUGCAAUCUUGAGUUUAGUCUAAAUUAUUUCAGUGUUUAGAAUAGAUCAGGACUGUUUGUUUUCUUUCUGUAAUGCAACAUUCCUCAGUUUCCUUAGAAACCUAUAAGCAAUCUGUGUCGCAUAACAGCACUCUUCAGUGAAAUUGACAAUGCCCCAAUUUAUAAGCCUACAUUUGCUCAAGCCAAGCUGCCAAAUGAAUCAUGUACUUGCAGAAAAGAUUAAACAGAUAUUUUUUAACAUUAUUCUUUUCGGUUGUGUUAUUUAACUAUUCUGGGAAAUAUGUUUAUUAUUAUAAUAGUUAAUGUCUAUAACAACAGUUAUAUAAGAAUUGUUUGUAAUUUUUGUGUGAAUUUAUUGAUGUUUAACAGUCACACAUUGUAUAAGAUUGCAUAGCAUAGCGAAGUGAUUUUAUACUACAUUUGUCUAUUAUACAUUGAUAAAUUAACAAAAAAAUAACAAAAUAAUUCUUAUAAUUACAAACAACACAACGUAUUUGGUUAAAAAGACACAGAUAUACUAGCUUUUAAUGUCGUUUGCCUGACCUGUGUAGUGGAGUUCAAUUUUGUGUGAUGCUGUCAUUUUCUGAACUUUAUUGAAGGAUAAUAUUAAGUGUUUUUAGCAAUACCCUGUAAUCACAAUAUAGUAAAAUGUAUAACUGCAGAAAGCUUAUAAUUAUAAUAUUACAAAUGGAAGCCUCUUUAGUGUUAAAAAUGUGUGUAAUAAAAGUGUGAUUGUGUUUGUAUUUUGCAUUAAUGAAAUAUAGCAAGAGAUUGCAGCUUUAAAGCUAAAAAUUACCAAGUUGUCAUAUCACUGAAUUAUUAAUUAUAAAAAAUAGAUUUUUGAGUUUUUAAAAUGUAUUAAGUUGUUGAGAAAUAGUAAAUGUAUGUCAAAUGUUAAAUGUUAAAACCUGAAUUUUAUUAUAACCUACAAAGGUAAUUAAAUAUUCUAGAGAGACUCGAGUGAGUUUGAAAUAGAUCACAUAUACUCAAAAUAAAUUGGCCACUUUCUUUAACAACAUUAUGUGAACAUAUUUUAACCUUUUGAAUAUUUGUUCUUCAUUGGCAUUUAGUGCACAUCAGCAGAAACAGUCUACAGCAAAACUUACACAGAAAAUACAGACUUGCAUUUUUAUAUUAAAUAUCACUUUUUCAAAGCAAAGUUUCAAGAUUGGCAGGGUGUAAAUAUUUGUGUUUUUUUGUGUACAAGUAUUCCAUAGUGCUAGAUUUCAUAUCUGGUGGUAAUUGUUAAACAAUCAAUUAUUUAGGUGUGACUGUGUGUGUGUUUGUGCACGUGCAUGUGUGUGUGCGUGUUUACAUAUGUAUAUUCCUUGUACAUUUGUUACAGGUUGAUUACCUCUCCACAAUGAUAUUGUGUAAUUUAUUAUUUAUCUAACUAAUACAAAAUAUUGGAUAUAUUCCUGGUCCCCAUUUUACGAAGAGAUCUUAGCACUAAGAUCACCUUAAGUACAUGACUACCGUAUGCAUUUAUGGUGAUCUUAUCACCAAGAUCGCUUCAUAAAACAGGGCAAUGGUUUAUAUUUAAUAAUUUAUUUGCAGAAAGAGUACUAAAACAAAGUUAAAGGUUUUCUUUUUUCUUUUUAUUAUUAUUAAUUGUUUUAGUCUUUCAUUGAUUGUAUUUGGAAUAAGUUAGACAGCUGUGGAGAGGGUGGGGUGGGGCAAACAUCCUUACUUCAUAAGUCAGCAUUGGGCUUAUCAUUACCUUCAUUCAAUUCAAAUUUCAUACCAAUACAUUGAGGAGUGGGAGUUAAAAUUAGCAAUGGAGACUGAAGCCAUCCAACCUCUUCCUUUGUUCUGCUGCUCAAACUAUUCUCGGCAAAACAUUAAUAAAUGAUUUCCCAGGAGAUUUGUUUUCCUGUGCAGGUGAUCGAACAGUAUUUCACGAGGGACAUAAACAUGAUACGAAAUGGUAGCGAGUUUAAUAUCCUAUUUAUUACCCAUAAUCGAUCUUAGUUCAUAUCACUCAUCUUGUUUCGUUGACAUUUUUGUAAGGUAGUGCGCUAAUUGAUGACGUCAAAAGUGUUAUGUCCCACUUGGCAUUCUAGUGGGAUGUAUCACUUUGAUAUGUACCAAGAUAUUUGUAACCAUAUGGGUAAUAAAGUAAUUUAUCUUAUGGUUUGAUGAUGCAUAUGUAGAAGAUUAUGAAAACUAACUAAGCAUGAAACAAAUGAAAAAUUCCUAUACAAUAAAACACAUUAAAUGAAAUUCAGUUUAAUAAAUAAGUAAUAAAUUUACAGGGUUUUUUUUUCAUAUAAUACUAGUACUACCAAUGCAUUUAUUGGAAAUUUAGGUAAUAAAGGAAUUUAAAGGAAAGAGGAUAUUCAGUUGGGCUUCUUCGUCCGUCUGUCUUUCAAUCCAUUGUCUUUCUGUCCUGUCUUUUCUGUAAUGACUACCACAUGGCAUACAGAUUUUAACAAAUCAUGACCGUCGAACAUAUUUCUUAAUGUUGCAAUAUGGAAUGCUGUGGAUAGAAGUAAUUUAAAUAUAUUUUAAACACUGUUUCCUGAUAUGUCAAAUAUUGUAUGUCAGUUUUAGAGGCUAUGCCUAUUCUUAUAUGUAUUACACGAGAAGUACCAGAGGUGGGCUUUUGUAAUGGAAGUAUGUUUUGUUUUAGAUGGGGUUAGAAAGUUUGUAUGUGUGUCAAAAGUGAAUUUGAGUAGAUUACAUCACAUCAAAAGAAACAAGCAGAGUGUACCAGAUGAAAAUGAAUAUUUACUUAAUAAUGCGUGCUUGAUCCAUCUUUGUGACGUUCUUGUUUUCCAAACGCUGAAUUCGAUUAAAGCUACAGACCCUAGUUUCAACUUGAGAAAAUGGACACUAUGUUUGGAUAAUCUACCAAACCUGUAAUGCAUUUGGAUAAGUUACAGUAGAAUGAAACAAGAAUCUGUGAUGUUCAGAUGGGAAAAUAACCUUAAAAAUAGACCAUAGCUUGUCUCCAUAACCAUUACUUUUCAAGGGUAUGUACAUUUUGAAAAAUAUAAAAAAAAGCAUUUUGCGGUAUUAAAAAUACCAGAAUGACCUGAAACACUUUGGAUGUACGGAAAUGGAUAAUCUAAGCAAUGUCUUGAUUUCAGUUGUUAAAAUAAUUGAAAAAUAUCACAGUGUUUAAAAACUAGGGUCUGUCUCUUUGAAGGAUGCAAAUUAAAGCAGAUGCUACUCUUGGUCUUUUUCUAUUAAAUUAUUGUUUAGAAUAAUAAAAUGUUUGAAGUAUA